AUGACGGACCUUGGCGAUCUUCACCACUUCCUCGGGAUCUCCGUCACGCACUCCUCCGAUGGGCUCUUCCUCUCCCAGCGGAAGUACGCGUCGGACCUUCUUCAGCGAGCAGGCACGGCUGAGUGUCACUCUACAUCGGCACCCGUUGACGCUCAUACCAAGCUCUCUGCCACUGAGAGCUCCCCCGUCGCUGAUCCCACCGAGUACCAGAGUCCCGUCGGCGCCCUUCAGUACCUCACACUGACUCGACCUGAUCUUACAUAUGCAGUGCAGCAAUUCUUCCUAUUCAUGCACGAUCCACGCGAGCCUCACCUUGCGCUGGUCAAGCGCAUCCUCCGGUAUGUGAAGGGCACUCUUUCGGCCGGUCUCCACAUCAGCACUGGACCGGUCGACAAACUGGUCGCCUACUCUGACGCCGACUGGGCGGGCUGCCCAGACUCCCGCCGCUCUACAUCAGGGUUUUGUGUCUUCUUGGGAGACAGCCUGGUGUCCUGGUCGUCCAAACGGCAAAGCACGGUAUCCCGGUCCAGUGCGGAGGCCGAGUACCGGGCGGUUGCUCACGUCGUUGCCGAGUGCUGCUGGUUGCGGCAACUUCUUCAGGAAUUCCACAUCCUGCUGAAGGUUGCUACAGUCGUCUACUGCGACAACGUCAGCGCUAUCUACAUGACAGCCAACCCGGUCCACCACCGUGGUACCAAGCACAUCGAGAUCAUCAUCCACUUCGUCUGCGAGAAGGUGGCUCUUGGAGAAGUUCGUGUCCUCCAUGUGCCAUCACAGUAUCAGUUCGCUGAUAUUGUGACAAAGGGGUUACCUGUCUAG